UGAAAUCAGAAGGGAUACGGAGGUCUCAUGGGAAAAGAACACAUUCUGACGUAACUUGAACGAGGACAUGGAUAAGAACGCAAAGAGACGGCGUUCAGAGCCCGGUUCAUGGAGGGAGCAGAGUCAGGGAUUGCGGGGAUUGCUGGGCACAACAGGAGCUUCUCCCAAGAAGGACAAAGACAGAGCCAUCAUCCGAAGGAAGAGUGCAAUCGGAGACGUGAAGUUGAUCGAUCCCAAGGCCUCGAGAAAGGACUUGCCUCCCAUAGGCACCGCUCGAGAUCAUGGAGACCUCUUUGAACAAGGGAGCAGCAACGCAACUCCGCGUGAGAAACAACGGCUGGCUUCAAGGGCAGGAGGGACGGACUCAAAGGCCUCCUUUGAUCACCCCAGUGUGCCGCACGUCUAUGGAGCCAUCAAGUUAGACGCAUCCCCGUCCUUUGCAACCAGCAGCCUUCCUGCGGAUAAACUGAGCAUUUCCUUCGUUCUGCACGACAGUGACGUGCUGCAAAAAGUAGGUCAUGCAGCAGAGGAGUCAAAGAACGAGCCGUUGCCCUUAUCCACCGGUCUGGACUACUUUGUUGAGACGGAAAAGAAGACGAGAUUUAGCAACGAAGCGGAAUUGGAGUCUGACAGCUUAGGCGACAGGGAAACAACGAGGAUCAGGGUCGGUUUUGAGCUGAGAAGGGGGUAUGAGCAGCUACCUCGAUCCGAAGAAGUCACGGUGACGUAUGCAGAGGCUGCCCGACAAGCCACGAAAGAGUGCUGUACCCUGAUCGGUGCGGUGUACAACUGGGUGGUAAUCAGUCUUCUUUGAGAAAGUGACACUUCUCAAAACCAGGGCGGCUCGUUGUGUCCGGUAGCAUUUUUGACACAUACAGCGAACUGAGUUGCAGCUUCUCCUCCUCUGCUUUUUCAAGCUCCAUCUUCUUGAAAAAAUUCGUGCCCGUUGUCAAGUGAACAGAUUGGAUAGUCAAGGCGUAGAACUAUCAAAGUGGCCUGUAGAGACAUGACAGCAACUUCGCAACAAGUGUGCACCGCAGAAGCCAAAUGAUUAAUUGCUCUUUAAAGUCUGGAAGCCGUCAGCAGUUGUUAAAAGUGCCUCUACUGAUGACGUCAACAUCGACUACAGCCGC